ACGAGCGCCGUUGUUGGCAGUGUUGUUGACUCUCUGAUGCCCCAAACAGGCGUCGACCAAAGGCAACGACGGAGGAUGAAGACGCGCUUAUGGUAGCUGCUGUCGUCGAGAACCCGUUCCAGUCCGCGAGGCAAGUGCGGGAGCAGCUAGAUGUGGACGCUUCCCUUGCUACGGUCCGGCGACGCCUCCGAAGUGCUGGACUGCGAAAUUCCGUAGCUGCACGAAAGCCAGUCGUCACUGCUUCGAACAAGAAGUCACGUCUCCAGUUUGCCGAAGCACACGCCUUAUGGAUGGCAGAUGACUGGGGCCGAGUGAUCUCGGAUGAGUCGACUUUCACAACUCGCCAAGACCAACGGAUGCGAGUUUGGUGAACCAGAGGCACACGGUAAGAAACUUUUCUUAAUGCACGUUUGAUAUUGCGAACGAUGGUCAAAAAUACGAUUUCCAUGCAGUUACGAGCCAGCCAAUGUGCAGGGAGUCGCCGCGAGUGGCCGAAACUGCGUGAACGUGUGGGGCGCGGUUUCAAGGCAUGGUCUCGGGCCUCUGCAUCGCAUAGAAGAUGCCCUUACAUCGCAGCGAUACUGCACAGAAAUUUUGGACAAUGUGUUGCUGCGUCAUGGUCUUGACGCACGUCAUGGUCAUGUCAUGGUCGCCAAUCUAUGGACAGGGUCAGCAACAACCGCAGCCUAACACUCGCUUCUCCCGGUGCUAACAACAGGAUGCUGGAGGAAGGGCAGAACAACAUCAACGCCCUUAGCAAAGUCUCUGGAGGCACUUUGCACCGCAUCUCGGCCAGCAGCAACAUCAGCGCCAUCAAAAGCCCUGAACAGCGGCAACCGCCGUCGCAGCACCACCCCAACAAGCUCCAGUGGACCCCAAGCCACCUGAAGAGCGGCCAAGCGGCCCAGAACGGACCCCAUCACCGAACUUGGGCUCACAGCCGGAGGCUGGGACACUACUUGGAUUCGUCGAGCGUCUAUAGUUCGUUUGCGGACCACAUCUAUGAGUCCAUCGAUGGUGAUGCCUCCUCGGUCGAUCGCCUGUCCGAUGUCCCGCCACCGCCCGCGCCUCCCCAAUCCGAGAUGUUCUAUGGAGACCUGUCCGACAUGAGCCAGCACUCCUAAUCCAGCUACGGCUACUACCAGUGGCCCUUGCUCGUCACGCCACUGCCGGGCAAGUACCAGCCCACACCCCUGGCACACGUCAUGCAGGGCUUUGCAAGGGACUACGCCACGUCUUCGCCAGAGAUGCCGCGCUAUGGUACGGAGCUGCAGAGGCACUUUGGCUCAGGCCGACGCAAGCACGACAUCGUUGGCUUCAAUGGGCCUCCUUACUCACCCAAGAUGCUGUACGAGGCCGUCCUGGCGUAGAGGCUAGAAGACGCGCCGACAAACUUCUCCUCAGACUCGGGCAUGGUCGCCGACAGCGAGGAUUACUGGGGCACAUCACCGACGCUGCCGGACUUGUUGCACGGCCCCGUAGAGAGCAACCCCGUGGUGAUGGCGGUGUUGGAUGGCGAAAAAGCGGUGAGCAGGAUUCGUCCGGAUGCCAUGAUGACGACACCAUCGGAUCCGAGAUUGCAACAGCAGCAGUCUCAGGACCAGCAGCGAUACAACCUCAUCACGUACUGCUAACCGGAGUCGGGUGUGUGAUUGGCACGUGCAUGUGCUUGUGGGCAGUGCGGGUGUUCUUUUCUUCUUUUUUUUUCCGCUUAGAAAUUCUCGUCGCAUAGGACUUUUAAGAAGCAAUCGUGUACUUAACUGAAAUGGACUGGCACUUGCGAGGGACGGACUCUGUGUGUUCCCCAGUCCGUCUACCCGUCCACGAGAGGACUUUUUUUUCAUGUUUCGGAGGAAAGCAGGUAUAGAAGAGAGGCCGGUUCUUUGAAUCCUGAGCAUCUAUCUAAUCGUCGAACACAAGAGUGCAGGGGGAAGUGCUACUCGCUGGCGAGAGCAGAAUUUGUACAGCCGUUCUUGCUUACCGCCCGUGAUCGGAGGAAGAGCACGAACGUCUCUCGACUCCUUAAUUUAAGAAAACAAAAUGACGAGAGAAUGAACGGUGCUUUUUGCUAAGAAGCCAGAUAUAAUCAACGGCUUUGUAUAUUUUUAUUAUUAUGUCUGUAAGUACAAUGUAAAUCUAGACAUUCGCGCCUGUAUUUAAAUGUCCUUGUUUGAUGUCUUUUUUUUCCAGUGUCUUGUAAGUAAGGUGUGUGAGAGCUAUUUUCGCAGUUUCGUAAGUCACCUGCUGCUAUAAGCAAAGCAUUACCAAAUCACCGACAGUGCUGUACAGAGUAUAACGGGAGAAACAUUGGUUGCACAAACUCUAUUUUCUUGCUGCCACUUCGGUCCUUGCGCACGCCAAGCUUGUCAUCCGUGACCAGCCCAAUUUCACUCUAGCCGAUUUUAAACAAGAUCUGCUUCAAAAAUCAAAAAUGCAAACAGAGAGAAAAAAGAAGGAAGACUCAAGCUUGGCAUAGGCAGCAUUCGUGUAAUUUUUUUUUCUUAUCAUCACAGUGUGCCGUCACCUUUCAUGUCUUGAAUAGCACCCCCAUUGAUACAUUCCUAUAACCACCUCAAAUUUGAAGCACACUAGCAAUUUACAGCAGCCUAUGCCUUAGAAUAUCAAUUAAAGUCUCUAUUUCCUGUGUGAGGCUGCAGAGAUGUUGCAGCUAUUCUGUGAUCCCAAUCAUUGCCUAAGUUAUCCAGAGAAAGCACAAUGUGUGUAUCUGCGUUAAGGAGAGGUUUAGAGUGAUUCAAGACUGCCGGAAGCUGUUAUUAAUUUAAGACGUUUGAAGUUCUUGCCUACGACGGCUCUGGUGUCAUGGCUCGAACAAAUAGUGGUCAUUUACCGGCAGCAUAGAAGGCUGAGUGAAGUUGAAAGGUCUGUGUCCUUUCUAGCACCUAAUUGUACAGAAGUGUGCCAAAUAAAAAAAAAAUGUUUGAAAUCUUGCAAAGCUGUUUACAGUUGUUACUUCGUCAGGCUAACCAGGAUACUCCCAUCAUCAGGGGCUGUGCAUAGCCUGAGCUGCAGCAGGCAGCAUGGUGGAGCGACUGCCCUAGAAAGGUGGUGUUGGUCCCGGGUUUGAUCACCAGACCUGGAGGAAUUUUUAUUCAACUGCGAAACCUUCUUUCUGAGAAA